AUGACUGUCAGAGACGCCACGGAACAACCCAUUGGUGAAUCCGAAUCAAUAAAUCUUGCGAAGCCAAGCCUACAAGAGUUGGAAGACACUGCACGGCAUGUCAUAGCCACCCUCAAAUCCAUACCAGGAUAUGAAAACCGAAAAAUUGCGAUAAUCGGCGGCAUGGCGCUAUGGAACUUGUUUCCAGAAGGUCGCACGACAGAAGACGUUGACUUCGUUGUGACCGGACAUAACGUUCCCAAGUCAAUCAAAGAGAGACUAGUGACGCUCAAGAAUGGUUCAUUUGGGCAAACGGCGCAGAACUUUUUCUACCGACACCCAAGUGGAAAAGAAAUCCAAAUAGACAUGGUUCCAGAGUUUCAGUGCCGCCACAUUUCUUCCGUUGCCAUGCCUGUGGCUUCAUGGACCGAAAACCACAAACUCCCCUAUGCCUCUGGACUUGACAUUCUGGUCCUGAAAAUAUACUCAUGUGGUCUUCGUGCUGACGAUGCCAAGAAAAAGAAAGAUGCUCAAGAUGCAGCACAACUCUUGAACGCACUUCCCACCGAAGGACCCGUUGCCUUGGACGCUAAUCAAAGGCAACUUGUGCAGGAUGGGCUGGGCGCGAUUCUCAAAGAGACUGGAACUGAUAUGGAAUGGUGGCGGAGAUACCUGGAGUUCUGA